AUGAGGAUACUUAUAAAGAAAAAAUACAACGAAAGUACAAAUAUCUGCAAAUUGGAAGCUAUUAUAUGUGCAAGAGGUAUUAAGCCGUACAAAUAUGAACGCUGUAGUCAAAGCAAUUUUUCUAUCCCGGUAGCGCAUUUUCUUUUCAUUGUAUCUAAACCGACCAAGUCGGCUCCGGCGCCCAAGAAGGGCUCCAAGAAGGCAGUGGCCAAGGCUCAGAAGAAGGACGGCAAGAAGCGCAAGCGCAGCCGCAAGGAGAGCUACUCGGUGUACGUGUACAAGGUGCUCAAGCAGAUCCAUCCCGACACCGGCAUCUCGUCCAAGGCCAUGGGCAUCAUGAACUCCUUCGUCAACGACAUCUUCGAGCGCAUCGCGGGUGAGGCGUCGCGCCUGGUGCAUUACAACAAGCGCUCGACCAUCACCUCCAGGGAGAUCCAGACGGCCGUGCGCCAGCUGCUGCCCGGGGAGCUGGCCAAGCACGCCGUGUCCGAGGACACCAAGGCCGUCACCAAGUACACCGGCACCAAGUAAAAGCAGCUUUUGUUUGGCUUUCAAAUCCCAACGGCUCUUGUCAGAGCCUUUUAUGCUUUCAUUUAGAGUUGUAAUUUUUUUUUUUUUUUUUUUUUUUUU